UCUUGAACGCAGCUCGUGACCUUUUAUUCAACAUAACAGUUAAACUACUUUCUGGACAGAAGAUACACAGGAGCUGAGCUUAAAGAAGGGAGGUUUUUUUGUUAGUCACCCAGGCAGCCGGAAUGACGAACCUCCAGCUGAGUGCGAAGGAGGAGAUGGUGGAGAGGUUUCUGGAUGCUGCUGCCAGAGGAGACCUGAUCCAGGUGUCCACGAUGCUGUCCCAGAGCCCCUCGCUCAUCAACCAGACAGGGUACAGCGGCUGGUCAGCGCUGAUGCUCGGCGCUCGCAAUGGGCAUUACCCUGUGGUGGAGGCGCUGUUGUCACAUGGCUGUGAUAAGUUAUCCGUGAACAGCUCGUCACAGACUGCUUACGAUAUCGCCAAGUUCUGGGGCCACAGACACAUCUCCAACCUGCUGGGCCAUACUGAUGACAGGUGCCAGCGGGUGCUGCCGGGGGCUGACCUCCACCAGCAGGAGAACUACUUCAGCAGAGAGACGCUGGACCGGCUCAGUGCCAAGAGGACCGACAAGGGAUGGCUGGAGGAUAAACAGAGCGACCCAAACACAGUCUACCUCCUGUUCUCCAACUGCAGCCCCAUGGUCAGCAGCCCACUGGAGGACCACAAUGCAGGGGGUGAGAACCAGCUGUGUCGGUUCAGAUAUGAGACAGUUAAAGAUCUUCUCCAGAAACCUGCCACUGUGCUCAUCUUCCUGGGGGUGGAGAGGAGGAAGAAGCCCUCCUCUCAGACAGUGGAUGGUGUCCGGGAGCCUCCUGCUUGGUUUGCCAUCAACACUGACGAAGACACUGCUGAACUUCUAAAACGCUGCAGAGAAAAGAACUGCUGCUUCCCAAAGACACUCAACAGAGACCUGCUGAAGUUCAGCGAGGAAGAGGCAGGAGUUGUGGCUCAAGCUCGAUCGGUGUUGGCCUGGCACAGCCGCUACAGCUUCUGUCCGACAUGUGGCAGCAGCACCCGGUCGGAGGAGGGAGGAUACAAGAGGAGCUGCCUGAACUCAGACUGCAGGAGCCUCAAGGGGGUUCAUAACACCUGCUACCCACGCGUCGACCCAGUGGUCAUCAUGCUGGUGAUCCACCCUGAUGGAAACCAGUGUUUACUGGGAAGAAAGAAGAUUUUCCCAGUGGGCAUGUUCUCCUGUCUGGCUGGAUUCAUAGAGCCUGGGGAGACGCUGGAGGAGGCGGUGAGGAGGGAGGUUGAGGAGGAGAGCGGAGUGAAGGUCGGGCCCGUUCAGUACAUCUCCUGCCAGCCCUGGCCGAUGCCCUCCAGUCUCAUGAUUGGCUGCCUGUCUGUUGCCAUAUCGACUGACAUCAAAGUGGACGAGAAAGAGAUCGAGGAAGCUCGGUGGUUUCCACGGCAACAGGUGAUUGACUCAUUCAGAGGAACCCGUCCAGCCUUCACUGCUCCUCCCAGGCAGACCAUCGCCCACCAGCUGGUCCGACACUGGAUCGGCAUGACCUCUAACCUCUAACCUCCAGCACUGAACCUCCAGACCAUAAGGUGGAUCUAUGAACCAGCAGCUGUCAGAACUGUUGCUACUCUAUUACUGUGGUGGAGGCGUGUGAUGCAGUGGGUUGUGAGUUGGUGUUCGGAUCAGGGGGGUUACAGGUUCAAACCCCACUGCAGUCAGCAUGUCGUUGUGUCCCUGGGCAAGACACUUCACCCCAAAUUGCUCCUGUGGGGAUUGCCCACAGUAUUGAGUAUGUAAGUCGCUUUGGAUAAAAGCGUCAAACAAGUGACAUGUAAUGUAAUUACGACAAACCAGGAACACUACCGCUGAGGUAACAGCCAGAUUCUGAGGGCUGUUCAGGACACGGUAUGUUAAUGUGGUUUGUUUUCACCGUUAAGUCCAAAUCAUUGAAACGCACCGCUCCUAUGUGGAGAACUGUAGUCUGUACAUCACUUGCAGAUAAAGGCGAAGACAGAACUUUUCAAGAUGGAAAAGAUGAUCAACAAUAAACCUUUACUUGAAAGUAAAAAGAAAAACAGCGAUACUGGGAUAUAAAACUAUUCCGAUUAAUUUAACAGGGUUAAUUGAGCAAUCUGUAAAAAUGUGUAAUUGCAUACAAACGUUGCCAAUUUAUUUUUUAUUGGUUUUUCAGUUGAAUUAUACUUAAAGUUCAGGGUAAUCCACUGUUAAA